AUGACGCCGCCGUGCCCCAACUUCCACCCCUCGCAGCUGCCGCAGCAGAUCCAGUUCAGGAUCGAUGGAAGAAAGCGAAAGACAGAGGGCGGCAAGGAUAUCGACCUGAAGGCCUGCGAGCUGCUGGGCCUGCUGCAAUACGACUGCUCGGUUGAGCACCCACAGCGGCAGGACAGCUCCGUCAUGUGCUACCCGGUGCAAAGAUGGUUCAGAAGUCACCGGCGCGCGAGAUAUGGCUCCGAGUUCCGCAAGGACGUCUGUCCCACGAAGUAUCUCCAGAUACUCCUUUGA